CCCACUCGGCCUCCGCUCGCCGUAGCACCCGUCUCCUAUACGACAGAGUCGACGAAGCGACGAAAGAAGCGCGUCUUUCCCUCUUGGCUGGAAGCUGCCGCAGCAAGCAGAAGAUAGGAGAGAGCAAAGAGAAAGCGGUGGGGCAGCGGCGCGGGCGAUGAAGUGAGAAAAUAUCCUUAUAACUUUUGUGCCCAGAUAUGGAAUCAAUUUCUAUGAUGGGAAGUCCUAAAGUCUUAAAUGAAGCUUUCUUACCAAAUGGCAGAAAUUACAUCAAAGACACCAGUAAGCUUACAGUUGGCAUAAUUGGAAGUGGGGACUUCGCUAAAUCCUUGACAACUAGGCUUAUCAAAUGUGGGUUUCAUGUGGUAAUAGGAAGCAGAAACCCUAAAUUUGUGGCGGAAUUCUUUCCCCAUGUUGUUGAUGUCACUCAUCAUGAAGAUGCUAUCGCAAAAGCAAACAUAUUUUUUAUCGCUAUACGCAGAGAACACUAUGCAACUUUGUGGGACCUCAAGCAUCUUCUUGUUGGUAAAAUUCUUGUAGAUGUCAGCAACAACAUGAAAAUUAACCAGUAUCCAGAAUCCAAUGCAGAAUACCUGGCAUCCCUUUUUCCAGAUUCCUUUGUUGUUAAAGGGUUCAAUGUUAUUUCAGCAUGGGCAUUACAAGUAGGACCAAAAGAUGCAAGCAGACAGGUUUACAUAUGUGGUAACAGCAUUCAAGCUCGACAUCAAGUUAUUGAACUUGCUCGUCAGCUCAGUUUUAUUCCUAUUGAUUUGGGCACUUUAGCAUCCGCAAGAGAGAUUGAAAAUUUACCUCUUCAGUUGUUCACACUCUGGAAAGGACCAGUCAUAGUGGCUGUUGGCCUAGCCACCUUCUUUUUUAUCUAUUCCUUUAUUAGAGAUGUAAUACAUCCUUACGUGAGAAAUCAUCAGAGUGAUUUUUAUAAGAUUCCUAUUGAGAUUGUGAACAAGACAUUGCCAGUUGUUGCAAUUACUUUAUUGUCUCUAGUGUAUUUAUCAGGGCUCCUGGCAGCUGUUUAUCAACUUUAUUAUGGUACUAAAUACAAACUGUUUCCAUCCUGGUUAGAAAAUUGGCUACAGUGUAGAAAACAGCUUGGGUUACUUAGUUUUUUUUUUGCAACAGUUCAUGUUGUUUACAGCCUUUGCUUGCCUAUGAGGAGGUCAGAACGAUACCUAUUUUUAAAUACAGCUUAUCAACAGGUCCAUGAAAAUAUUGAAAAUUCCUGGAAUGAGGAAGAAGUAUGGCGAAUUGAAAUGUACAUCUCUUUUGGAAUAAUGAGCCUUGGGCUGCUUUCUUUGUUGGCUGUGACUUCCAUUCCAUCAGUAAACAAAUCAUUAAACUGGAGGGAAUUCAGUUUUAUUCAGUCUACCCUUGGAUACGUCGCUCUUCUCAUAAGUACUUUCCAUGUAUUAAUUUAUGGAUGGAAAAGAGCCUUUGAAGAAGAAUGCUACAGAUUUUACACGCCACCAAAUUUUGUUCUCGCACUUGUCUUGCCUUGUGUGGUAAUUCUGGGUAAGAUAAUUUUGCUUCUACCGUGUAUAAAUAGGAAACUGAGAAAGAUCAGAAGAGGAUGGGAAAAAAGACAAUUUAUACAAGAUGGAAAUGGAUCUGAUUCAUAUCCCUCACCAGAAAGAAUUACAGUCAUGUGAACAUACAAUGAAAAUAUUACCACAAUGUUUGUCCCUUUAAAUGUCUGUAUUUAAUACUGUAUAGGUUUUAUUUUAGACUGAAAUAUCUCAGGCAUUAAGUGAUAUUCAGAAUAUAAGCAAUACAGGUAAAAGCAGACAUUGAAUUUUCAUCAUAAUAGAUAAGAACGAAUAUAUUUUGAAGGAUUUGAUUUGAAACUUAAGCCACUUCUGCCAUUCCAAGAUUACAGAUUUAAACAAAUGUAACAGAUAAUAAGUUCCAUUGAAUUCAGUAAACUUUACUGAGGGUGGAUUUGCUUGCAAUCUACUGUAUUAGAUGUAGCUUCAGUUAGCAUACAAGGCUCAAUAAAGGGGCCUCAGAGCCACAACCACACCCCUACAGUCCUCUAAAAGUUGUCAGCAAGUUGGAAUUACUCUUCUGAUUUUUCAUACUAUUAAUGACAUUUUAAAUUAAUCAAAUGUAAACCUUUUAUUUAUUAGAUUACAAGUGUGCCUCUGGGUGUGACUCACAACAAUUAAAACAAACAGUAAAAAAAAAAUAAACAAAACAGGAUACAGCUACUCUGAAACCAUUAUUAUAAAUUCAAUAAAACAUCAAUUGCAGCUGGUAAAUAUAAAUUGAAUAUCCAUUUAAUACUGCCAUUACCAAUGCUCAUGACUACUGCAGACCUCUAGGAACAAUGGCACAGCUAAGUCUUCAGGUCCUUCCUGAAGGCCAGAAGGGUAGUUACCAGUUCUUUUUUUUUUUUUUUGUUUACAUUUAUAUCCCGCCCUUCUCCGAAGACUCAGGGCGGCUUUAUUCUGGUCCUUCCUGUUCACUGGGCAUGGUCUGUCAUAAAGGCCAAAUUUCUUGCUUGCUUCAAACUAACUUUAAAGCUAUUAUAGAUUUCAGCACUUCAAGAGAUAAAUCUACUAUUUUUACCUAAUUGUUUUUCUACUUUCUGGCUUGCAUUCUUAAUGCUCUGAUUAUUAGGCUAAAGAUGAGAUACAUUUUAUAUCAUUCUCUGAUAUCAUUGGGCAGCUGAUAUUACUGUUAGUCUUUAGACCCCCUGAAGCGUUUUUUUCUUUGAUACAACAUUCUCUGCAGUCAAAGAUGUAGAUGAAUCUAGCCAUUAUUUAAAUUUCAUAUAGUACCCAAACCCAAUACUAGGAAAUUAUGGAAAAUUAAAAAGUCAAGCAAUUCAACUGGGCUGGAGCACUGCCACUGGAUCCAGAUAAGGCCAUUCAAGGCCAUGUUUUUCACUUGAAGGAAAGGGAAAACAAAAGUGCAGUUACCUGCUAAAAUGAGAAAUAUAAAGUAUACAAUAUGGUGGUACUUCUACUUUGAAUCUGGGAAAUUCCUUGCCUCAAAACUGAGAAGUAUAUUUAAAAGUUUUUAUUUGAAAUUUUUAAGAAAGCCAUUAUAGAGUUAGUAUUUGUAACUGUGUUAUAAUUAAAAGCUAUUAAUUUAUUUUAAAUGUUAAAAAAAACGAAACAUAACUAUUGGUCGAUACAGGAAAUGCCUAGUUGAACAACAGCUUUAUUAAGAUUCAACCAAAAAAGUGACAAUUGUUGAAUUGUCCAAGACUGUUCAGAAAACAAUAUGUACCAUAUAGGGUAUUGAAGCAGAUGCUUUAAAAAAAAGCAGAGUCAGGUGCUUUUGUGUUAGGUGUCUCCACACCCACCCCAUAAACAGGAUAAAUUGAGAGUCGAUAAUCUCUGUUUUGCUGGAUUCUUGGGAGUGAAUGAGGUAAGAAAUGAAGAAUCUGCAAGAAAAAUGCAAGUUCAGACAGCUCCAAAUACCUAACACUCUAAACCUGACCUACAUUGUGUUUUAUUCAAAGAAUAGCAGCCAUUAAUUUGUUUCUGUGCUAAAUUUAAUCUAACAUGCUUCAUCCACAGCUUUCAUUUUAGAUUGAUAUAAUUAGACAUCUGGUCUUGUUUUUGGACUUUUUCACUUUCCCUUUAUUGUUUUAUUGUAGGAUUUUGUUAGAAUUCUGAGAAAAUUUUGUAAUCUUAAACAACAUUACAUAGUAUUUUGAAUGAUACCUAGCUAUGCUUUUUACUAUCUAAAUUAGCCAGAGGAUUGCAAUUAGCAGACAGAAUGAAACAGAACUAUGUGUGAAGCAUGUAAACUAAACAUAAUCAUGGCUGUUUAAACAAUAAUUAUUUCAAUUACAAAUAUAGCAGGAAAAUAUGUAAAUAUAAAAUCAAUUAUCCAGGCCAAAAGCAUGUAAAAAGGUCAAAUCAUGGCAAAAGUUUAUUAAACUUUAUAAUUUAUUUUAAUAAACUUUGGACUAGUUGCCAUGAUUUAACCUUCUUACAUAGCAGGACCAAGUUAGACUUUUGAGGGCAGCCAGCAAUAUAUCCUAUACUAUGAAGAAUUUGGUAAUUUAUCAGAUUACCAAAUGUAAUCCAUAUUCUCCAUACAUACACACAGAGACAUAAAAUUUCACUCAGAACAACUGAAAUAUAACAAUUAUACUUUAUGGAAGGAUUUCACAAUUUUUAUAGCCAGUUAACAAUUAAUAGUAAAGAUACUAUAAAUGUGGAACAACUGAUUGAAAAUACAAGCUCUAACAAAUUAAUCAAAUAGGACAGAUCAAAAGCUUCCAUUUACAUCAAUAUAUCAUUAGAUAUUCCAAUGUAGAAAUGCACAAAUCUAAUACUUAUUCUCUUGAUGAUUAGAUGCAGAUCACUAGAAUUCUUAAUAUACAUCUUGCUUCUGAUAUAGUGAUACAUAUAGUAGAUGGAAAAGUACCAGUGUUAAGUUGCCUCCUGGCAAUACCUCCUGGCAUUCACUUAUCUCCAUACUGAGUAAAACUUUUGAGUAAAGUGAAGUAUUCAAGUACAGCAUUGAUUAUCUUAACAUAAUUAAAAAAACUAUAUUUGGUUGGAGUACACCAAGUUACUGUUGACUACUUGUAAUAUUUCCUGUGAUAUUAAUAAUAUAUUUUAAAUAUGCUUUAUUGUGCUUUAUUAAAUGUACUAUUUAUGGUGUUUUCAUAAAAACCCAAUCAGUUUCUACAAUGAAUCUGCUAAAACCAAAUUACCAUAAAUUAAUUAAUAUUAAUUUCAUUUUUGAAGCUUCAGUUGUAGAAUUUUAAAACUUUCAGUAUCAGAAUCUUGAUCAUUAUUCUGUUCUUUGCUAGAAUGUUCCUUACUUCACCAGCUAGGUGUGUUCUACUAUUGCCAUUUAAAGUCAGUGAAGAUUCUCAAAACAUACAGCCAAAAUAAAUGUUAUUUGUUAAAUCCUUUAAAAAAUCUGAGGCAGCCUUCUGUAGUUUUACGAUACAUCAUCUGUGCAAAUAUUUUUCUAUGGAGAGAACUAAGUAAUCAACAUUCAGUUGAACCACAAAAAGUGGGCCCUGCACAUGGAAAAACACUAGGAAGGCCUAUGUGAAAAAUGUAUUCACUUUUCACCAUCACUUUGUAUAUUAUGUUAAAGUCCUCAGACAAUGGAACAUAUUAUUAUUUUGAAUUAUUUUCAUAUUUUACAUUAGAUUUGCAGUAUUUAAAUGCUUUCUGUAACAAUUAUUGCAUAGUAGAUAAUAAAAUAUUUAAAUAAUUUUCUAUUUUUAAAAACCAAUACUUGUUUGCUAGUAUUGAUAUGGCUGGCAAGAAUAAAAAACACCAUUUAUAUUGCUAUUAUAUCUGUAGAGUGGAAGUUCAUACAAAUUAGACAUAGGAUUGCUUAAUUUGCUUUCUUCUGUUUUUAAUAAAGCAGGACUGAAUUCCUUAAAGCAGCAACAUCUUUUUUCAGGUUUGAGUAAUUGCUGUGCUCACAUGAUAACUUAAGCACUUUUGAAUCGUUGUUGAUGGGUGCACAGCCAUAACUACUAGACUGGUACAGUUACUAUGUUGUAGGAAUGAGAUUAAAUAGGAAACAUUGAUUAACAUAAUUUUAUAUGAAACAGAAAGGGCUAAACUAUUAUAAACUAAUUUGAUAUUUGAUUUUUAAAUUAAUUUUUUACCAUAAACAGUCAAAACUCUAAAAAAUUGAAGUGAAAAAAAUAAUCCCAAAAAAUUAAACAAGACAAUUUAAAGGGAAACUUUUAAAUUCUUGUAUUUAUCAGCCAUUUUUUCAUGAUUUUUUUUUCUUUCCUUAUCCAUGACUGACUUGUAUAUGCUCUGUACUUGGAAUAAUACUAUAUACUAUAUAAUAUACUAUACCACAUUUCAGGUGGUUGUUUCAAUGCCUCUUAAAUUUCAUCAUAUUUAGAAUAUUAGAUGUUAAAAUAUUUUACUCUUAUAGUUGUGCCCCUAGCUGGCUUGGAUCUAGACAACCUAUUAAUAUCAGUGGGUCAGUUCUUAGAGUUUGACUACUGUAAGUCUCGGAUAAGCUCAAACAUCCUUACUUGUUCACAGCUUUGUUGCAUUUUCCUUAAAUAUAUUUUAAAAAUUAAUUAGAAAUAUGGUGAAAAAGUUUCAGAAAGGAUUACCUACAGAAACGUAAGUAAACUAUCACCAAAGAAUCCAAACAAUUAUCUUCGUAGUUAUUAAAUGACCAAAACGAUCCUCAUAAAUUUAGAUUGUUUUCUAAUAUGAUCUAUCAUAUACUUUUUAUUUUCUUUCUGUUCUAACUCUGAGUGGAGCAGCUAAACCUGAGUAAAUCUUCAACAUAAUACAAAGUACAUGUAACAACUAUCAGUGCUGCCUCAUCUUCGACCACCGUGUAAUGUUAGAUAUCUAUAGUUAUCAGACAUAAUAGGAAUUUUUCAGGGUGCAUCAGAUUGAAAUGAAGAUAAAUGUCCAGAGUCCAUUCAGCAUGGACAGCUAUAGCAAAUUUAAAUAAAUCAAUAAAAUUCACAAUGAAGGAAAUUCCAUCUAUGUAAUUUCCAAUAAAAUUUAUUAGCAAAUUGUUUUUCCCUAAUAAGUACUGUAUUGAAUCAAGUAAGGCUUCUAGAUAAAUAUAUUUGGAAUCAGAUUGAUUUGAUUCUGUGAGCUGUUUUUCUAUCAUAGAUUCUCACAAGAAAUAUAAAUAUUUAUGCUACAAAAGCUACUGCAAGUCCAGGAUUUUUUAUUUGCACUUGGUUGCAAAUGCUCUGAAAAUAUUGUGAAACUGUAAAAGUGUUCUUACAGAAUUAAACACAGUUAUUUUUCAUAUUAAAGAGAGAUUAAUUUAUUUUAAAUAUAAUACCAAAUAAUUAACUUGUAUUUUUAGAUAAAAUAGCCACAUUGAAAUACAGAUAUGCUACAUAGAAUGUUAUUACAUAUUGACUGCAGUUUUCAACCCACAAAUGUACAUUGCUUUUCAUAUGUACAUGCCUUAAAAGCAUGCAAAGUAACAGAAGGAUUGCAACCCAAUUUAUACAGUCAAAGUAUAUUUGACUUUAGUUCAAAGUCAAAUAUAGUUCAAAGCGAGUCAGUAGUAUGACUCUAAGUUAACCAAAGUGUUCCUAGAAUUAAUACUUUUGCUAGAUACUCAAAUUUAAUUGCAAAAAUGUACAUAAUUAUUGUAUGCUAAUUAUUAGAAACUCUUCCUGCUCCAAGGUUAUUUACCACAAUGUGUUUGACUAAGAAUGAGUUUUUGCUUAACAAAAUAACAGAGUUGUCUUGUUAUUUCUAGUCCAACUCCCUACUCAAGCAGGAAACUGUUUCAGACAAAUGGUUGUCCAGUCUCUUCUUAAUCUCUCUUAAUUUCUUCUUACAUAUUCCUUACUUUCUGUGUACUCAUUUUUCUUAUAUUAUGCACUAUUAUAACAAUUCCCAGGACUUGUUAAGCUAAUUUUGAUUAUAUCUGACAUAACCAUUACCUUAUAAUAUUGUCAAGCCAUGAUUUGUAGCUAAAGGACAAUUUAUUGUAGCUUGAAAAUUAAUCUAUUUUUUCCUUUUGGAUCUAACAGAAAUGUGUGGAAAUUUUCCACUAUGCUGUGUGAAACGUAGGAAAGUACAUAAGCAAUUUAAUAUUCAUACAUUGCAGUAUAUUGGUCAUUGUUAAACCAGGCCAUUAUACACACACACACACACACACACAAACAAACAAAAACACCUGUCAUUACCCCAAUAUUUUCAAUGAAACUAAUAUUGCCAUAUAUUUUGAAUUGAGUAAAAGCCAUAUAAUAAAUAUAAAUUGUUUAUAUACUUUUAGAAAACUUCAAAUAUUUUCAAUUUCUAAAAAUAUAACUUUAUUUCUCAUUACAAUGCAUUAUAAUAUUCUAACGGCGCUUAAUGUAUGUGUGAUAUUCAAAACAAAAUUUCUAUGCAUAAUAUAAUCCUUAUAAAAAACUUUGAAUUUUAAUUUUUCACAGCUGUAAAUGAUUGGUUUGUUUCUGUAUUUAAAUGGUGUCUUGAUUAGUGUUAUUCAGCUCUUUUAAUUUUAUUUGUUUACUGCAUCUGCAGAAUACAUUAGAGUUGAAUUUAUGUCAGAUAAAUUGUUUUGUGAUUCUACUGCAUUUUAUUUAAUAGUGUCUAUUUGACUGUACCAGUAUAAAUUCUGAAAUGUGUGUCCAUUCUUGA